AUGGCUGAUGAAGAAUGGAGAGAACCAGUUGGAGAUAAAGUCAAUGCCAUGGUCAAGAAUGAUACUUGGUAUGAAACUGAACUUCCCAAAGGCAAGAGAGCAGUAACAAGUCGCCUCAUCUACAUUGUCAAGUACUUGGCUAAUGGAAAGCCAGAAAGGAAGGAAACAAGACUAGUUUCAAGAGGAUACACUCAAGUCUAUGGAGAAAACUAUCUAGACACCUUUGCACCAGUAGCUAAGCUCCACACCAUAAGAAUUAUGCUCCCUUUGGCUUACUUUCUAUGGAUAGAAAUAUGCCGCUCUAAAGAGAAGCUUUUCUUAUCUCAAAGAAAGUACACACUUGAUCUUUUAAAAGAGGCAGGUGAACUUGGAGCAAGAGUAGCUAAGACACCACUUGAAGAAGGUUACAAGGUCUUGCGUGAGGGGGAGUUUGAAGAUACUCUAUUUGGCGACUUCAAGCUCUAUAGAAGGAUGGUUGGGAAGCUGAUCUAUCUCACAAUUACAAGACCAGACAUCUGCUUUGCUGUGAAUCAAGAUAGCCAGCAUAUGCAAGCACCUAAGGUUCAUCAUUGGAACAUGGUGGAAAUAAUCAUGAGGUACCUAAGGGAGGCUCCUAGUCAAGGUGUUUGGAUGGGAUGCAACAAGAGCAUAGAGAUUGUGGGAUAUUGUGAUGCAGAUUGGGCUGGUGAUAGAGUGGACAGGAAGUCUACUACAGGAAUUGCACCUUCAUUGGAGGAAAUCUAG